CAUAAUUCAUGAUGUACAAUACCGUACUGCGUUUUCCCAAAUAGUCAUUUUGCUUGUCGCUAUGCAGAUCUAAUUGUUCUCUACAGAAAGCAAAGAUUGUUAAUCCCAUGGCCAUUGCAGAGCAAACUCAAAGACCGACGAUGAUCCAUAUCCCUUCUUCUUCUUCUACCACUUUUCUCAUACUCUUUUUGGUCCUUUCCUCUCUAUCCCCAUUUCCAAUUUCAAUUGCCACUUCAUCCCCCAUACCCUUCAACAUUUCUCACUUCCUUUAUCCAAGAAUCAGCUACGAGGAAUAUCCUCAAUCUUCACCCAACCCUCCUUCAUUUCUCGAGGACGUGUUAAAGGGGAUUGCUGAGCGAGAGAAAUGGGAUUUGCAGGACUUGAGAGUUUCCAAAUUGGAUGUGAAGAAAUCGAAGUUUGGGACUUUAAGGAAGUAUGAAUUUCGGGUCCGAAUUGGGAAGACGGAAUUCGUAUUCAUGAUGGCAGAUGAAAUAUCUCAGUGGAAAAGCUUUCACUUUCCUAACAAGAAUGAGUCCGACUUCGAGUCUUUGGUUAAAGAGAUUGGUUCUAAGGCCACUCUUGAUGUCCUAAAAAUCCAAGGGCCAUUCGAAUUGUACGCUACUGGAGAUGAUUACCUCUCCUUGACCUUACCCCUGAACUCUUCCUAUACGGGAUUGAAAAAGAUCCUUAUUGGUGAGGGAAUCACUGUAGAAGUUAAAGGUGCUGAUGAAAUAUCAGUGUUCAACAUCUCCGAUUUGCUUAAAUUAGUAAAUGGAAGUAUUUUGACCAAGUCAGGAAACGGUAAAUUUAGAUAUAUGUCGCGAUCUUCCUGCAUACCAUUACUUCCCAUACAUGUAAGGGGACCUGCUUCAGUACUUGCCUAUAUAACCAGAAACCCCUACUUAAGAAUUGAAACUGCAUUUGUAUCCAGAAUAUCUAUCAAGUUGCUUUCUGAAAAAUGUUAUACAAGGCAUAUCUACAGAAAGUGGAACUUGUACAAUGAUUUUCUGAGCCAGAAGAUAACAUUACUGGAAAAAUUUCUAAGGAGGUUUCUUGGUGGAAAAACCAGUCAAAUUGCACGUUUCAAUCUCUUAAAAGUGAAAGUUGAAGACUUGACCCUUUUCCGCUUCCAGCUAGAGCUUGAAAGAGGUAUCCAAAACAACGACACAUAUUGGACUACUAUGGGGGAGUGGAGAACAAGGCCAGCAGUUGAACAUUCAUGGUUUGAAGUAACAGCAAGGUUUGAGGCAGAGGUCUUGAAGCCACAUUUGAUUAAGAAGGUCAGACCUUUUAUUGAAGUAGAUUCAUCUUCGUGGAGUAAUUUGAUGUCAAAUAUGUCCUUUACCAAAAUUUCUUCUUUUCUAGUCCCACCAGAGCCCUUAACAUUGGAUGUUAGAUUGUAGGGAAAUUUAUAUCCAGUCCUGGCAUGCUGUAAUUUAGAUUCUUAUCUUCCUUACUGUAAAAAUUGAAAAUGGUUGCCUGAUUUGUACAUCAUAUCCUUUGUAUAUUGAAAGUCAUUGGAAAGGAAUUAUAGAAAAACAGUGGUUGAAAAGGAAUGAGUUGCACUGUUUUAUAAAUCUGAAGAAGCUAAUUUUUCGAGA